AUGGUGUUGAAAAGUGACAGUGGCUAUCUUGGUCACCUGACUUUUGAAUGCCAUAAUUUUCUCCAAGUAGACCCCAAAAGAUACACAGUUUUUAAUGAUAGCAGCAGAAGUAAUAAAGUCAGGGGAAAAGAAGCUGAGGAAUUCAAUAAAUUGCAGAUAUUACCCAAGAAAAAUACAAAUAAGAAAGAUGAAAAAAAUCAUAAAAAAAUCAAAGAGAAAAUUAAAUUUAAAAGGUCUUAUUCCCCUAGUUCUAUUGAAGAAAAUAUUUUUUUUAAAAAAGAGAGAAAUCUCAGAAGAAGGAAAAGAAAAGAGAAGAGGAAAUAAAACAAAACAAAAAAUGAGAAACAUCACAAGAAGGAGCAAAAGAAGGAAAGUUUUUUUUUUUAA